GGUCCUUUGGCAGCGAAUCAUUUCUUGCACCAAGCGGAUCAUUGAUGAGGCUGCGGCAGCCAACCUUGCCGCCACUUGCACUGGAGAUUUGGAAAAGCUGUUGGAGGGCCUCAAGGCCUUUGCUGGCAAGGCGGAUGAGGGUGUGAAGCAAAACAUCUUGAAGCAGAGCAGCCUUUGCGCACGAGCCACCGACAUCCUUGCGACUGCGAAAAAGUCUUCAACGGAGCAACUCUGUCAGGAUGCAAAAUUGUUGGAAGAAGCCAUUGCCAAUGUGAAGCAGGCUAUGGAUCAAGAUUUCUAUGACUGCAGCAGUUUGGUCACGCUUCUGGAUGCUUGCUGGAAAGCUGACAGUGACUCUGACAAAAGGUUGAAGAUUCCUCGAGACGGGUUUGAAUUCGAGGUGCUCCCAACUCUGCAGAGCUUGACGAUUGAAGGUGCAGUUCGUGGAAUGGUUCUACGUGAGAAUGAGACCAGCAACAUGAUCUUGGAGACUUUGGCAGGCAAGCUUCAAUCCUUUGCUCAGGUGGAAAAGGACUCUCCUGACUCUUUGGGUGCAUGUUGCGACCUUCAGAGACAGUUUGAUUCCUUAGCUGCAAAGACCUCCAAUUGGAGCUCGCCGCCAGAUUGGCUUCACUCCUGCAACCUGGCAGCAAGCCGCUUUUCCGCUGUGGUCAAUCAAGUGGCCUACCGCUGGGCUCUUGAAGCAGCCAAGAAGGACAUUGACAAGGCUCUGGAAUUUGUCACGGCGGCAGACCCACCUCCCAGCAUGGCUUCUUUGCACAAUUGCUGCGCGAUUUUCAAGCUCAAGCCCUUCUUGAAGAGCAUCAACUCCAAUGUUGAGAAGACCUUUGAGUAUGCAGAGCUUGGCAAACGCGUGAAGACUUUUGCCACCUUGCAUUCCCUCGACCAGACUUCCCUGAAAGAGAUCUUCCCUGAGAUCAAUUCAGACUUGGUGAAGUUUCAAGAUUUGAUUCAGAAGAAUGUUUUGGAAAUGGUGGAUCGGAUCAACGGCAAGAUGCGAAAGGCCUCAGAGACCAUGAAGAAUUACAGGCAGGAGUGA